UCCUUGAGUGUAUAAAACACUGAAGAAUGCAGAUAGGAAGCAAAGCUGAGAGAGCAAGACAGGACAAGCAAGUGCAUCAGAGGCUAUCAGACACCACUAGGGCCUCGUAUAAUGGGGAAGAUACCGAAAAGCAUUUUUUCCAUCUUUCGUAUUCUUGUUCUUCUAAUUGGCUUCUCCAUUAUUUGUUUGGGAGCCAUUUGCAUUUCCACAACCUCCUCAUUAUGCAAAUGUGGCAACAAUAUGCUUGUUGCUUAUACUCUGCUGCCCUUGGGGUUCUUUCUCCUUGUGACUGGAAUCUUUUGGAGCACAUACCAUGAAACCAGCAAGCACAAGAACUUUUUCUACAACAUUAUCCAGAGAACUCCCUCCCACAGAGAAAUACACAUCCACACCAUAGACAGACCCGAUUUCUAUCCUCCGUCCUAUGAAAAUAGCAUUGAUCCUGAAAAACAGAUUGUCUCACUACCAGCUUCCUCUUCUGUCACAGAAGAAGAGAUCUACAACAUCCCGCCGCCUCUGUAUACUGAAAGCAGCACAGAAUUCAUAGACGAAAGUAACUAUGAGGAAGAACAGCCACCAUCAUAUGAAGUGUCUGUGCAGCAGGGGGAGCAGCAGCAGCAGCAGCAAACAGGCGAGCACAACUCAGAUACAGAAGGGGUCUCAGGCACUUGUCAGGGACCCAUGCCAGGAACCGGUUACUAAUAAUAUGAACUGUCAAGAGACUUUAGAAAGAGCAAAGCACGUCAGCUAUUCUGAGACAAAGUCAAUGGAUAAGACACUGAAUGUGCAAAGUACUGCUGGAAAUAACGCUACACACAACCGUAUUUAAGUACCAGGUUCAAGAACCGCCUGUUCAGACAACACUGAAUAUGCAAUCUUUGUUCUGGUGGCAUUAAAAGGGUUGUUGGAGGAGGCUGUUUCCCAUAUUUUAAAAGAAGAACAAUGCUUUCUGGCCUUAGAAGGGUCUGCUAAUGAUAUUAAGUGCAACCCAUAACUGUUGAUUCAUGCCAGCGUCAUUGCAGCUUGUUUACAUAUUUCAGUAUUUAACAGGCUUACUGUGGCUACACAAAGAAAUGUCAGUAAAAGAUUCCAUCACGUGAAGAACUGAAGCCCCUCGCUCCAGGCAGACUUGCAGAUCCAGGGCUCGUUUAGGGUUCUGGGUUCUUUCUAGAAGGCAAAAUGUUAAUCAAUAUAAAAAAUAUCCAUUAUAUCGAGGGAACCAACAGGCAAGAAAAGAUGUGCUUUGCGUUUCCUGAGCAGCUUGGAGGAGAUAUUUAUUCUUGGUGUUAAAAGAAUGAGGGACUUGCGGCUGCCUCCAACAGUUCACUGUAGAAAAAAACCAUUUCCUCCAUCCCCCAUGCACUUGUUUCACUAUAACUGUAUCCCUUAAAACUAUUGGGAGCACCUGGAUUUCCUUCUUUGUGGAUUGAAGCUUAAGUAUGUCUGCUAGUAGAGAACCCGAGCCUAAACUGCUAAAACUAAUGAGAGACUUUCUAAAGAUUUCAGCAAGUGUUUGACUAGUACUGGCUGGUAUUAAGUGGCUCCACCUAAUGCAGGGGGAGAAAAGGUCUUCGCUAAUGUGGCAUUUUUGCUUCAGC